UCAAUUUUAAGGAUCAAUAUCAAAUAAAUAUUGUAAGGGCGUUACAGAGACUUCUUCAAAAGACCAUUGUGUUUAUUGUUAUUGUAGCACGUGCACGACACACGCCUCGGUAAACGGUGGCGACAAGUGUGAAGGCUUCACACUCACAGAUUAAUAAAAUGUUAACUAGCAAUUAAUUGUUUGCAAACAGUGUUUGAUAAAAACUAACAAAAAUUAUAGGUCAUACUUCGGUAGUUUUGGAAAAUAUCACUAUUAAGAUGUUUUCCAUGGAUAAUUUUGAUUUGGAGUCAACUAUGGCUAGACACUUCUUUGAAGGAUCACAAGCUACUAAUGGUUCGACAUCAAGUUCUGAAUUUUUUUUCGGUGAUGAAAAUAGUUCAGAAAGCGAUGAAGAUGAUGCAUAUAGCAGUGGAUUUAAUAGUGAUCAGGAGAACAACGAAAAGACUCGAAUUCAUAAACCACGACGCUUAAAAUGUGCCUCCCAAAUGGCACAACAGCGGCAAGCGGCCAAUUUACGAGAACGUCGUCGUAUGCAAAGCAUAAAUGAAGCUUUUGAAGGACUCCGUUCACAUAUACCAACUUUACCUUACGAGAAGCGACUUAGUAAGGUAGAUACAUUAAAGUUGGCGAUAAGUUACAUCACAUUUUUAAGUGAAAUGGUGAAAAAGGAUAAAAAUGGUAAUGAACCAGGAUUGAGUUUACAAAGAAAUUAUCAAAAGGAACCACCGAAAAAAAUUAUAUUAAAAGAUCGAACUGGCGGCUAUUCACAUUCAUUAUCUUGGUAUCGCAAAGGUGAUCGAUAUCCGGGAAGUAAGCUAUAUGCACGCACAUGGACUCCUGAGGACCCUAGAUCACAACCCACUAGUGGUCAAUUGCAUCUGCAGCAACUACACAAUCAUAAUCAACAAAAUAUACAACAGCAACUGCAUGUUGAACAACAGCACUCUCAUCAUCAUCACAUUUCGAAUGGACACAUUAAUAUGGACUCAAAUCCAUUUCAUAAUAACAAUAGCAAUCAAAGUGAUGAGUCUGGCACGUUUAUGGGUGAAAAUAUGGGGGAUACAAAUAGCGCCGCUGGCGGUGGCUCAUAUCAUCAAAAUGGUUUAUAAGUGCUGAAAUGGCAUGGAGUUGAUGAGCAAAAUAUUUGCAGAUUUGGAUAAGAUUCAAAAAUUAGGUGCUUUUAAAAUAAUAUUCGCAGUAGUGUUGAACACAGAGCACAUUUUGCGUAAGGAUGAGUCAAAUGAAACCUUUCUAGUCAUUUUAUGAAUCUUAGAAAUCGAUUCAAAUCAAGAAAAAAAAAA